AUGUACCUCCUGGACGGCCGGGACCCGCCCUGCGCUCCCUCUUCGGCGGGCGGCAUGCAGCGGGGCGCUCCGCAGCGGAAAACCGUCUACCGCAUCUCAGUCACCCUGGUGAAGAAAGAAGCCCUGGGAGGCUUGCCCCUCCAGGAGGAGAGAGAGGAAAGUGCCGCGGCGGCGGCGGCGGCGAGCGCUGGCGGGGAGGCUUUCCGCCGGUUCCGGGCCCUGAGCACCGGGCAGUUGGAGCUGGGCCACUUGAAGGUGUCGAGCGGCCGGUGCUCCUGCGGCCCUCCGGCGCCGCCGGCGCGCUUCGAAGAGGAGUUGUCAGCCGAGCGCACCGCCCGGAGCCCGGGGAAGAGGCAUCCGCCGGACCCCGUCCCGUUGCGCCGGAGCUGUAGCUUCCGACACGGGAACGGCGCGGAGGCGCUGCGGCUGAGGGCCUUGGCCCGGACCAAGCGCCACAGCAGCUCGGGCUGCCUCUCUCUUCCAGACGCCGCGGGCGGACCGGCAGCCGGGAAGAGGCGCCCGCCAGCCCUGACGGAGGAGGCCGCCGCCGGCCGCGAGCUAGAGAGGAGCAGCCUUGGCCACCGGAGCCAGCCCAGGGACCUGCAGGUGCUCUCCGAGGGACUGGGGGUUUGGGAGAGCAGCGCCGGGACCGGGGCCGCGUCCCAGGAGCGCCGGCCCUUCCGUUUCUUCCGUGGCACCUUCUCCCCGUUCGGGAGCCCCCUGGGCAGGUUCCCUCGGCCCCGCGCUGGGGGCGGCAGGAGCGGCCUUCCGAGAAGCGACGGCGCGGACAGGCGGUCCAGCACGGAGAGCCUCUCCGAGCUCCUGAGCCGAGAUGCCUUUGUAAAUAGCCAGGAAUGGACACUAAGUCGAUCUGUGCCAGAACUCAAAGUGGGAAUUGUGGGAAAUUUAGCUAGUGGUAAAUCUGCCCUUGUACAUCGCUAUCUGACUGGGACAUAUGUCCAAGAGGAAUCACCAGAAGAUAUGGAUGCAGGUGGGAGAUUCAAAAAAGAGAUAGUAGUUGAUGGUCAGAGUUACCUGCUGCUGAUUAGAGAUGAAGGGGGUCCUCCUGAAGCACAGUUUGCAAUGUGGGUGGAUGCUGUUAUAUUUGUCUUCAGUCUUGAAGAUGAAAUUAGCUUCCAGACUGUGUACCACUACUAUAGCCGUAUGACAAACUAUCGCAACACGAAUGAAAUCCCAAUGGUACUGGUGGGAACUCAGGAUGCUAUAAGUUCCAGUAACCCACGGGCAAUAGAUGAUGCCAGAGCACGGAAGCUUUCAAAUGAUUUGAAAAGAUGCACCUACUAUGAAACCUGCGCUACCUAUGGGCUGAAUGUGGAAAGAGUCUUUCAGGAUGUUGCACAGAAGAUUGUUGCAACAAGGAAAAAGCAGCAACUUUCGAUAGGUCCUUGCAAAUCGUUACCAAAUUCUCCAAGCCACUCAUCUGUAUGUUCAACCCAAGUCUCUGCAGUACAUAUCAGCCAGACCAGCAACGGAGGAGGGAGUUUAAGUGAUUAUUCUUCUUCUGUCCCAUCUACUCCAAGCACCAGCCAGAAAGAGCUACGGAUUGAUGUUCCACCUACAACCAACACUCCAACUCCUGUUCGUAAACAGUCAAAGCGCCGAUCCAAUCUUUUCACAUCUCGGAAAGGGAGUGACCCAGACAAAGAGAAGAAAGGAUUGGAGAGCAGAGCAGAUAGUAUUGGAAGCGGUCGUGCAAUCCCAAUUAAACAGGGUGUUCUGGAAUAUCUUUUUGGUCCAUGGAAUCUACCAAAGAAAAAUCAGGUUGUGCAACACAUGGUCAUGAUUCAGGAAGUUGUUAAAAGCAUACCAGGGGGCUGCUGUCCACGUCAGGUGGUAGAACAUGAGUUUUAA